GCUCGGCCCCCGCCGCAGCUUCCCCCCGCGCCAGCUCCGCGGCCCGGCCCCGCGCUCGCUCCCGCCGUUGCUCUCCGCCGCCGGCCGGCCGCCGCUUUCUCUACUCGGCUCCGCCGCGGGGCCUCCCUUUCUCUCUCUAUCCGCCCGCUCCUCGCCGUCCCCGGCCGGCGGCCGCCAGGGCAGGCGGGAAAGGGCUCCCGGCGGCGGGCCCGGCGGCCAGGAUGUCCGGAGGGGACUCGGCGGCGGCGGCGGCCACGGCCUCCCCGCAGCCGCUGCCGUUCUCCCUGCCGAAGCCCCCUCCCCUCAUGCAGCUGACGCCGGGGGACGCCGUCCGUCCCGUCGCCUCGGCCGCCGACCAAUCACCGAAGGGCACCCGGCUGGCGGGCCGCCCCGAUUGGCCGGCCGGCAAGCCAGUCAGCCUGCUGGCCCCGCUGCUCCCGCCCCGCGGGGAGCCCGAGCCGCUGAUGCCCUUCGGCCCCUCGUCGCGGCAGCCACUCAGAGGGCGCCUUCUUGGCAGGUGCGGCGGGGGCAGCCUGCUCAGCCCCUCCAUGCGGCCCGGCGCCGUGGACCGCAGCUCUCUUAUGAUGGGACACCCAGGGAUGCCGCAUUACCCGCCCAUGGGAAUGCACCCUAUGGGUCAGAGGCCACCCAACAUGCCCCCAGUUCCACAUGGCAUGAUGCCUCAGAUGAUGCCCCCAAUGGGAGGACCACCAAUGGGGCAGAUGCCCGGAAUGAUGCAGUCAGUCAUGCCUGGAAUGAUGAUGUCUCAUAUGUCCCAAGCUGCUAUGCAGCCUACAGUUCCGCCAGGGGUGAACAGCAUGGAUGCACAAGUAGGUGUAACACCCCCUGGAACUCAGAGCUCUGUUUUGUUUCACCCUCAGACAACGCAUCCCGUGGUUUGUGCAGCUCAGCAAACAGCCACAACCAACAGUUCAGGCAGUGAGGAGCACUCUAAACAGAAAUCGACGUGGACGGAACACAAAUCACCUGAUGGAAGAACCUAUUACUACAACACUGAAACAAAGCAGUCCACGUGGGAGAAGCCAGAUGAUCUUAAAACACCUGCUGAGCAAUUGCUGUCUAAGUGCCCCUGGAAAGAGUACAAAUCUGAUUCUGGAAAGCCAUACUACUACAAUUCCCAAACAAAGGAAUCACGCUGGGCAAAACCCAAAGAACUCGAAGACCUGGAAGCAUUGAUCAAAGCUGAAGAAAACAGCACCAAGACUGAAGAAUCUGCUUCAGCGACUUCUGCUGCAGCAGAUGCAGCCAACACAGCUGCCACAGCCACGGCUGCUGCUGAGGCUGCCACAGCUGGUACUGCCAGCACUGCUGCAGCCUCCGAUGCUGAAACCACUGCCGCCUCUGCUGUGGUAGAAAACGAGAGUGCUGCUGCAGCCACAGCUGAGGAUCAGGGACAGCAAGCAACUUCAGCACCUGCAGCACAGGAACAGAGUGCAGAAAGUGCCGCUAACGCAGCUGAUGACUCCAAGCAGGACGGUUCAGCAGAUGCUUCAAAGAAGGAGGGCGAUGAUGCACAGCCAGUUAAAAAAACCUACACCUGGAAUACAAAAGAAGAAGCGAAACAGGCAUUUAAAGAACUCCUAAAAGAAAAGCGAGUACCAUCCAAUGCUUCUUGGGAGCAAGCCAUGAAAAUGAUCAUUAAUGAUCCGAGAUACAGUGCUUUGGCAAAGUUGAGUGAAAAAAAGCAAGCCUUUAAUGCUUACAAAGUUCAAACAGAAAAAGAAGAGAAAGAAGAAGCAAGAUCAAAAUACAAAGAAGCUAAAGAGUCCUUCCAGCGUUUUCUGGAGAACCACGAGAAGAUGACAUCCACAACACGAUACAAAAAAGCUGAACAAAUGUUUGGGGAGAUGGAAGUCUGGAAUGCAAUCUCUGAGCGUGAUCGCCUGGAAAUUUAUGAAGAUGUCUUGUUUUUUCUCUCUAAGAAAGAGAAGGAACAAGCCAAACAGUUACGAAAGAGGAACUGGGAAGCUCUGAAGAACAUCCUCGAUAACAUGGCUAACGUCACUUACUGCACUACUUGGUCAGAGGCUCAGCAGUAUCUGAUGGACAACCCUACGUUUGCAGAAGAUGAGGAACUUCAGAAUAUGGAUAAGGAGGAUGCACUGAUCUGCUUUGAGGAACACAUCAGGGCACUGGAAAAAGAGGAGGAGGAAGAAAAACAGAAAAGUUUACUGAGAGAAAGAAGGCGGCAGCGGAAAAACAGAGAAUCUUUUCAGAUAUUUUUAGAUGAACUGCACGAGCACGGACAGUUGCAUUCGAUGUCCUCUUGGAUGGAGUUGUACCCAACCAUAAGCUCUGACAUCAGAUUCACUAAUAUGCUUGGUCAGCCUGUUUCUUCAUCAGGAUCAACAGCACUUGAUCUCUUCAAGUUCUAUGUUGAAGACUUAAAAGCACGUUACCAUGAUGAGAAGAAGAUCAUAAAAGAUAUCCUAAAGGAUAAAGGAUUUGUGGUUGAAGUGAAUACUUCUUUUGAAGACUUUGUCACAGUCAUCAGUUCAACUAAGCGAGCCACCACUUUAGAUGCAGGAAAUAUCAAGCUGGCAUUCAACAGUCUGCUGGAAAAGGCAGAAGCCCGUGAAAGAGAAAGGGAAAAAGAAGAAGCUCGCAAAAUGAAGCGGAAAGAGUCUGCCUUCAAGAGUAUGCUGAAACAAGCUACUCCUCCCAUCGAGCUGGAUGCUGUCUGGGAAGAUAUCAGAGAUAGAUUUGUGAAGGAACCAGCAUUUGAAGACAUCACUCUGGAGUCUGAAAGGAAAAGAAUAUUUAAAGAUUUCAUGCAUGUACUUGAGCAUGAGUGUCAGCAUCACCAUUCAAAGAACAAGAAACAUUCUAAGAAAUCCAAGAAGCACCACAGGAAGCGCUCUCGCUCUCGCUCGGGCUCAGAGUCUGAGGAUGAUGAUAGCCAUUCAAAGAAGAAAAGGCAACGUUCAGAAUCUAGAUCUGCUUCUGAGCGUUCUUCCAGUGCAGAAUCUGAGAGAAGUUACAAGAAGUCAAAAAAACACAAGAAAAAGAGCAAGAAAAGAAGACAUAAGUCCGAUUCACCAGAAUCUGAUAUUGAACGAGAGAAAGACAAAAAAGAAAGAGAGAGAGAAAGUGAAAAGGAUAGAGCUAGACAAAGAUCUGAAUCAAAACAUAAAUCUCCGACUAAAAAACGACCUGGAAAAGAUUCUAUUGAUCUCAAAGGAGAUGAGCAGGACAGCUGGUUGAACUCUGAGGGCAACUGGGACACCUCGGGCAGCGAGCUGAGCGAAGGGGAGCUGGAAAAGCAGAGGCGGACUCUUUUGGAACAACUGGAUGAAGAUCAAUGAGAACGUUAUUUAUACCAAAUAUGUUUACAUUGUGGCAUAAUAAAAGAAACCAAUGUCUAAUUCA